AUGGCUGGAACAAGCUAUCCAUAUCCACCUAUGGCUAAUCCACCUAUGGCUAACACGAUUGCCGUGAUAAGCCCACAACUCUGUGUUCCUUACCCGGUUGAUCUUACAAUUGUGAGGAAGUUAAUGACUUUGUCUGAAGGUAGUUUCGGAGUUACCGACGUAAAUGGCAACAUAAUGUUCAGAGUCAAAGGCAAGUUCUUCAGUCUUCAUGAUCGCCGUGUCUUGUAUGAUGCUGCUGGUAAACCUCUUAUCACUUUCCAACAAAAGUUACUAUCUGCCCACAGAAGAUGGCAAGUAUUCCGAGGAGAGAGUACUGAUGCAAAGAAUCUGCUUUUUACCGUGAAAAAGUCGUCUCUACUUCAAUUUCGAACCAAAUUAGAUGUAUUCAUGGCUUCUAACACUAAGGAGAAUGUAUGCGACUUCAAAAUCGAAGGCAGCUGGUUGGAGAGGUCCUGCGUUAUAUACUCUGGGAAUUCUAAUAAUAUCAUUGCUCAGAUGCACAGGAAACACAGUGCCCAGAGCAUUCUGCUCGGUAAAGAUACAUUCGGGGUAACUGUAUAUCCGAAUGUCGAUUAUGCCUUCAUUGUUGCACUCGUGGUCAUUCUUGAGGAAGUUAAUGAGGACAGAUCGGGCGAAGAUUAA